GGGCCUGCCAUCUCUCGCUAAUCGUCGACUCAUCGUACCUUAUGGUAUAGCCACUCGUUGCUAUACCCUCAUCGAUGGUCUGUCCUCUUUUAAGCCUCUCCGCCAGCUGCGUCUCCGCAAUUGCGUUGUCGCCCGGCUUGUGGGGGUUUGAACUUUUUUUUCUCUUUCUCCCCUUGACCCGGCUGUUCAAGGCUUCCCGCUCCCGUCGCCCGCACUAUGUGAAAGAGGUCCGGCCGCAAGCCGUGCCUUUUUCCUCCGCCCAAUUUGGCCCUGCUCCCGCUACGCCGUCUGAACUUCAUGCAAACACACUUCCUGACCCCACUGCGCUUGAGCCUCAAGACCUCCAGUCGUUUUCCGCCGGCCGCCAUUGCCCACCCGGGUCAGAUUUUGCGAGCAACCAUAUAUUGGAUCUUCGAAACAUCCCACUUCUAUUUUUGACUUCCGUUUCAUUUACCGUGUGCGCGGUUCCGUAGGAUGCCGUUUGCAUGGGCGGUGGUUGGAUGGUAAGAGCUCGGUGCAUCUGUUUCACCGGUAUGGGGUACGCCAAGGUCAGGGUCCUUUACGAAGAAUAGUCCUCAGGGACAGAUGCCAAUGGACGGGUAGCUGGCAAAACAAUGUUGUGCUCGAGCAAGACCACUGGUGACAUUCAUUCUUGGGUCUGCCUCUUAGUAUAUAAUCCACCACACAACUUAUACAAAGCACAUACGACCAUAGGUCGAGGAGAAUUGGGCAUCCCGUCCGCUCUGCCAUACACAAGCCUCGAACCGGCUGAUUAGUAGUUAGGUGGGUGACCACUAGCGAAUCCCAGCUGCCGUAUGUUUGCUAUUUUUUGCUC